GUGCACAGCGGCGGCGGGCGGCUGCGGACGGGUGCCGACCCCACCGCGGAGACGACCACCAGGAGAGAUGCCCCCUUCACCUCCAUUCCGCAAGAAACAAACUACCACCGCCGGGCAGCUCUGAUGAAGCCCCCACUGACGAAACCAGGCAGGGCCAAAGGGCUGAAAGAAGAGAGAGAGAAUGUACUGGCGCAUCGGGGUCGCUUGGACCCGAUCGUGUGUAGUUGAUUUUGGCCGCAACAAGAGCCUCUCCUUCGGCUUGUGUAGCUCGGAUGAGCAGCUCUCGCUUUAUGGGUACAUCAUUGCCUACCCACUGCAGGACUUCGGUGGGAUCAUGUCAGCGCUGGGGUCGGACUCAUGGUGGCGGAAAUCGCUCUACAUUACUGGGGGCGCUCUGCUCGCCGCCGCUGCCUAUUUACUCCACGAGUUGCUCGUCAUCAGAAAAGAACAAGAAAUGGAUUCUAAAGAUGCCAUCAUCCUCCACCAGUUCUCCCGGCCCAAGAAUGGAGUUCCCAGCCUGUCCCCCUUUUGCUUGAAGAUGGAGACCUACCUGCGCAUGGCAGACCUGCCAUACCAGAACUACUUCGACGGGAAGCUGUCUCCUCAGGGGAAGAUGCCAUGGAUUGAGUAUAACCAGGAGCAGGCGUACGGCUCAGAGUUCAUCAUUGACUUCUUGGAGGAGAGGUUGGGUGUGAACCUGAAUAGUGGCCUGACCGCCCAGGAGAGGGCUGUGUCUCGGGCCAUCACCAAAAUGGUGGAGGAGCAUUUUUACUGGACGAUAGCCUAUUGCCAGUGGGUGGAUAACCUGGAAGAGACCAAGAGGAUGCUGGCUGUGAGCGGACCACUGAGUGAGCUGCUCAGGUGGAUCCUGAGUCACAUGACCAGAGGAAUCGUGAAGAGGGAGAUGUAUGGCCAUGGCAUCGGACGCUUCUCCAGAGACCAGGUCUACAUGCUUAUGGAGAAGGAUAUGCGCACCCUCGCCACUUUGCUCGGAGAUAAAAAAUACAUCAUGGGCCCUACGGUGUCCACGGUAGAUGCUGCAGUGUUUGGCCAUCUUGCCCAGGCCAUGUGGACGUUACCUGGCACCCGACCGGAGCAGCUCAUCAAAGGUGAGUUCAUCAACCUAGCCAUGUACUGUGAGCGUAUCCGGAGGAAAUUUUGGCCUGAGUGGUUUGUGGAUGUUGAUGACUUCUACUACGAUGGCUCCAGUGAGGAGGCAGACUCUCCGUCACAGUUGCCUGACCUGGGCCUUUACACGCACAGUGACAGUUUCCAUGAUGAGGCCAACUCACUCUCGCGCUCGGCCACCUCACAUUCUCUGGACAGCGACCGCACCGGACACUCCCUCUUCGACUCAGACAUGGAUGCAGAGCACUCAGAGGCAGAGCUCAAGUGUUGAUUACACUCCCUGCCCCCCUAAAUGGUGCCCUGCCAAGUUCUCCCACCAGUCAGAAGGGGAGGUGUUUAGCAGGAAUAUACCUUUGUGAGGAAGGCAGGGCUUCUCCAAGAUGCCGGGUGCACAAGAAAGAAAGGGCGAAAAAGACGGAACAGUGACUAUGGGAAAACUAGAGAAUCUUUUAUUAUCAAGUACAUGCAAGAGAAUAGAAAAUAAAUGGGGGAAGGGAAAGAAGGAAAAAUAAGUCUCCUUAAAAUUCAAGUACAUUUUGAACCAGACAGGAUAGCAGAAUUGUAACAGCACAGGGCAGCUUGAGCGAGAUGUAAUAAAUAUCAGAGCUGCUCUUGUGACAGACAUGAAGGUAAAGGAGAAAACCCGAAUGGUAAGAUCACAAAAGCGGAGAGUGACAGGAGAGGGGAGGGAAUGACGCCCCAGCUGAACCAUUUCCCCCGUCCGUGCUUCAGUGUGGAUUUGCUGUCGCUCUGUAUGCUAGCCUCAUCCACCCACCAACUACCGCAUUCUUCACACCUGUCCCGAGAUUCAUUCCCUGCAUGGAUGUCAGUAUGAAUAUGAAUAUUUUAGGAGCUGUAUGGAGAGCUGUUGGUACAUUUCCUGAUGAAUUUAACCCCUGCAGUUGCCUAGCCUUGAGCUGGUCGGUCGGUGUAGUCGACCGGCUGUUCUCCAAAGACUCUGCCUGCUUCCUCUUUAAGGUUGGGCAACUGUCUUUCUGCCUUAGAUCAGAUUUUAACUUUAUUAACUGAACAGUGUGAUGCUGAAACAGCCCACAACCUGAUUAAAAAAAACAAACCCGGUUCUCUUGUCAAUCCCUCAACAACUGGAGCUUUUCCUCAGCAUUCAUGCACAAACUGAGCCCAGUUUCAUUCUUACAUGACAGAACAUUCCAAUGGUUAUAUGAUGACAAAAGAACAGAAGUGUCUUGCAUUAUAACAUAAUGGCGUCUUUAGACCAUGGUUGCUUUUCCCCCACCUAACACACAUGUUGCCAUUCUGGAACUUGCACUGGCUUCUCUUAAGUCUUCAGUGACCCUGCGUGCUUGACCCCUUGAGACGGCCCUCAGCAUUUGAGCCACUGCACGAAGACCUAAUCGAAUAGUGCAGUGCCUUUCUUUGAUGUGUUCGUCUGUGUUGAUCCUUCUACUUUGUAUGUUGUUGUCACUGCAUGUGUGGGCUGUAUACAGGCACUCAAAUCUAAAGCUUGGGGACUGUGGGAGAUGUGUUUUCCCCAUGAAUUAUAUGAAGUUGGCGUGAGCAUGGGUUCAGUGAGGAUGUGGCUA